AUGGGCUUGAAUCUUGCCCAUGUCCUGGCUCCUGACAACAUCACUGUCAACUGUAUCAGUCCUGCGCUCAUUGGGGAUACCAGGAUGGUCCCAGCGGUCCAGCCACCACCCCCGCAUGGAGACCCGACAUUAACAGGAGAAUCCGGGACCCUGCAGCUGGCGGAUAUCGGAACACAAUUGGCUUUGACGAUCCCAUUGGGCCGGCUAGGCCAUCCCAGUGAACAGCAGUUUCUCAAGUUUUUCUCACAGUGUUAG